UAUAGGUAAGAAGCCGCCUGUCUAAUCUAAUCUCGGACGUUCUUUCAAUGAAACUCCUCGCUGGCGGAGACACCGGCAUGAGCGCGGAUGUAUUCGAGAGCCAAAGAACGGACUUUUCCUCAAACUUGUAGCAACCAUCUCUCUCUGUCUUGAUUAAACUUUUUUUCUUGAAUGAGGCUGGCACAUCUGGACGCAGGGCUGUCGGAGCUGUCAAGUCCAGCGAAAACUUUUAGACGGAAGUGACUUUGGCUUAUUCAUCCCUAAACUUAGGGAUAAAUAUACUGGAACGAGUUUGAAGUGAAAUCUCCUAUAAUUUUUGCAACUUUUAAACAACUUUAAAAAAAAAUAGCGCAAACAUGGAACAGUCAUUGCUCAGACUGACGUGCGUCUUGGUGGUUAUCUGUUUGCUGGAUAAAAGGGUGGAAUCCAAUGAGAUCUUAGGUCUUAAGCUCCCCAACAUCGAACCCAUCCUGAAUGCCAACACGGUUUGUCUGACACUACCCGGGCUGACAAGACGCCAGCUGGAGGUGUGCAUGCGUAAUCCAGACGUGACGGCUUCGGCAAUCCAGGGGAUCCAGAUCGCCAUCCACGAGUGCCAGCACCAGUUCAGAGGGCACCGUUGGAACUGCUCCAGUCUGGAGACAAGAAACAAAAUACCCUAUGACAGCAUAGUCUUUAAAAGAGGUUUUCGAGAGAGUGCCUUCGCGUAUGCAAUUGCAGCAGCUGGGGUGGUGCACGCUGUGGCCAACGCCUGCUCCAUGGGAAAACUGAAAGCAUGCGGUUGUGACGAGAAGCGGCGCGGGGACGAGGAGGCGUUUCGGCUCAAGCUUAGCCGCUUACAGCUGGAGGCCAUUCAGAGAGGGAAGGGGAUGGUUCACGGUGUGAUGGAGCACUACCCUGCUGACCUCUCCGGACUGCAGACGGACACCUGGGAGUGGGGUGGCUGCAGCCCUGAUGUGGAAUUUGGGGAAAAGUUCUCACGGGACUUCCUGGAUUCUCGUGAAACUUACAGAGACAUCCAUGCAAGAAUGAGGUUGCAUAAUAAUAAAGUUGGGAGGCAGGUGGUGCUCGACAACAUGAGAAGGAAAUGCAAGUGCCACGGGACUUCAGGGAGCUGCCAGCUCAAGACCUGCUGGCAGGUCACUCCAGAGUUCCGGCUGGUGGGUUCAAUGCUAAAAGAACGCUUCCACAUUGCCACCCUUAUCAAGGCUCAGAACAGGAAUAACGGCCAGCUGGACCAUUCAAACCAUAACAACCACAACCAUCACCACCAUCACACUCAUCGAGACAACCACCACUCGCAUCGGCGGCGGCUUAACAUCAGGGAGCUGGUGUAUUUUGAGAAGUCACCUGAUUUUUGUGAGAGGGACCUCAGCUCAGACUCAGUGGGCACGCAGGGCCGGAUCUGCAACAAGACCAGCCCUGAGAUGGACAACUGUGAGAGCCUGUGCUGCGGGAGGGGGCACAAUAUUCUGCAGCAGACGCGCAGCGAACGCUGCAACUGCAAGUUUCACUGGUGCUGCUACGUGGUCUGUGAAGAGUGCAGGAUAACAGAAUGGGUCAGCGUUUGCAAAUGAAGAAAAACACACUAAAAGACACAAGAAAUAAGUAAAAACAAUACUGCCUAAUGCCCCAAUUAGUUUUGUCAUAGACUGCAGUAUUUUUGUCGCAGAUAAGUCGUGGAAGGACAGUGUGAUGCAUUUGAUGUGGCAAAAGGAAACUUGUGAUGGUUCGUGUGGAGUGUGCACAUGCAGGAGGCAUGUGAAGUUGCCACAAGCCAGAGUAAAAAGGAUAUGCACCACCUUUCUGUGGAACUUAGUUAUAGUAAACCAAAUCUCAAUUGAAAACAUGAUGUGUUAACCUUACUAAGCAAAGAGGAUUGCACCAGAAAGAGAGUUAAAUUUAUUUCUAGUUUUAAGGAUAUAAGAUCUUCAUAUUGUUUAAAACGCCAAUUUGUUUUGUAUAUUUUAGACUAUUUAUACACUAAACAGUACAAUCAGCAACUGACACCAAUGCGUGAAUCCUGUCAUUUUCAUGUCUUUUGACCACUACCUACAGACAAACUGUAAAAAUCUUACUGAGUUUACUCAAAACAACAAACUAUUUCAUCAUUUGCAGAUUUUGUGCCUUCUUGUAUGGCAGUUAAGGAGUUUAAAUAUUUAUUUAUAGCAGCUGUCACGUUGCACAUAUGACACAGCAGUUUUAAGUGAUACUUUACAAUCCUCCAGUCAAUGUUAUUAUAAUGUUUAUAAUAAAGUUUAACCCUGCAAACAACUAUGACACCCCUCAAAGAACACAGGUGCUCAUUAUAGUGAGAAAAGAGAAGAUUUGGGUCUAAAACUGACUCCUAGAAUGGAGUGAAUUGAUAAUGUGGUUUCAGCCGUGGCAACUGCAGGGCUGGUGGUCAUGCUGGUCUAAAAGAGAGAUCUGAAGCUGUAUGUUAGUACUGCUUAAUGGGAUUCCUCAUUGUACACCUUUACCUUCUUCAAAUGGAGAACAUAAAUAAAAAGUCCAGAUACCAGGCCUAAACACUAUGUGCGUGGACUCACUCAAGAUAAACAACAGACACAAGUUUUGUUUUAGGACCACAAUGUAAGACAGCACAGAUAUGCAAUUCUCAGUUCCCAGUGUGUCAUGUGUGAUGUGAUACGUGAUGUAAGAAGAUGGUCAGACUGCACAGUAGAUCUGACAAGUCCACAUAUUAUCUUUGACAUAUCUAAACAGCACUGUAAAUAAAAAAAAGUAUGCUGCACAAAUGCCAUCAAUAAUAUUCAAGUGCAUCAAAAAGCUGAGUGCACAUAAACAAGCUCCAGUUGCACACACACUAUAAACAUCCUUAAGUGGCAUAAAUCAGUCUUUCCUGUUUUGUGAUGCACUGUCUUGUGUGCAACACUGUAAGCUUCUUGUUGUAUGUACACUCACUCGUUUCACAAAUUAUCAUUGUGUACUAUAUCCUGAUGUCAGCUUCAAAGUAUAUAAGGAAUAGUAUAAGUGAGCUACUUAUCAGAUGGUUUAAUUUAUUUAAAGCAAUGUAUUUUCUGUGUUGAAAACAGAAAGCUGGGAUUGUGUUACCUGUGUAACUGAUAAGUAGUUUGCACAUACUAAAAAGUGUCCACGAGAACUUUGAAAAAUGUCAACAUUAUGUAUUCUAAGUGUUAAAUGUAAUGUAUGUUUGUAUUUUUAUGUUUUAAUAUGUUUAUUAUCUAAGUUAUUUUAUUUUUGUGGAUAACUUAAUAUUUGUAAGACAAUAAAAACAGACUGUGUUCAUGAAACAAGCUUAAUCGUGAUGAAUGAUAGCAUGCUUUUGCUUUUACAAGAGGUACAGCUAUUUAUGGCACAUUGUGAUAAUGUUUACCAUUUCUAUUUCCCUAAUAUGUUUACUUUUCCAAGCCAACAAAAUUCAAGCAUUUUGCAUUUUAUAAUUUAUGCCUAAGACAAAACAAAGCAAUGAGGAGCUUUCAAGCAAGAUCCCUUCAGGCCUGGCUCCUGGUAGAUGUUCAGGUCUUUCUA